AUGGCGAACGAUGGGAUCUCGUACAGCAAGACUGGGUUGGUGGCGAAGAUGAAGGAGAACGGGUUGUCGUACGUCGAGGACGGGAUCACGUUUAAGCUGGCGGACGCGUACGGGUUCUGCUGGGGCGUCGAACGCGCGGUGCAGAUGGCGUACGAGGCGAGGAAACAGUUCCCGGAGGCGAAGCUGUGGAUCACGAAUGAAAUCAUUCACAACCCGACGGUGAACGACCGGCUGAGCGAGAUGGGGGUGAACUUUGUCGAGGAGACGAGCGACGGAAAGGAUUUCAGUGGAGUGAAGCGCGGAGAGGUGGUUAUUUUGCCCGCGUUCGGCGCGAGUGUGCACGAGAUGAAGUUUCUGGCGGAUAAAGGGGCGAACAUCGUCGAUACGACGUGCCCGUGGGUGAGCAAGGUUUGGAACGCCGUGGACACGCACAAGCGAAAGGACUUUACGUCGAUCAUUCACGGCAAGUAUAGCCACGAGGAGACGGUGGCGACGGCGAGUUUCGCGACGACGUACUUGAUCGUCAAGGAUAUGAGGGAAGCGAACUACGUGCGCGAUUACAUUUUGAAGGGCGGCGAUAAGGCGGAGUUUAUGGAAAAGUUUAAAAACGCCAUGUCCCAAGGCUUCGACCCCGACGAAGACCUCGACGGCGUCGGCAUCGCCAACCAGACCACCAUGCUCAAGGGCGAGACCGAGGCGAUCGGAAAGUUGUUCCAGUCCACCAUGAUGGAAAAAUUCGGCGUUGAAAACGUCGACCAACACUUUGUCGUCAUGGACACCAUUUGCGACGCGACGCAAGAGCGUCAAGACGCCAUGUACAAGCUCGUCGACGCCAAGCCCGACAUCAUGCUCGUCGUCGGCGGCUUGAACUCCUCCAACACCCAACACUUACAAGAGAUCAGCGAAGACAAAGCCAUUCCGAGCUACUGGGUCGACACCGCCGAUCGCUUAAACGCCGACACCAACUCCAUCUCCCACAAGCUCGCCCACGGCGAGCUCGUCACCACCGACGGUUGGCUCCCCGCCGGCGACGUCGUCAUCGGCAUCACCUCGGGCGCGUCCACGCCGGACAAGGUCGUCGAGGACGUCAUGGACGUCGUCUUCGCCACCAAGCGCGCCCUCGAGUCCGCCGUCUCGCGUUAA